AUGGACACACCGAUUCUCUACGACCCAACAAAACACGUCCAUCUGAUCUCAUCCCUCGCUUCCAUUCACGUAGAAUGCAUAACCUCACCACCCUUCGUCAUCGCCAGUUUUCUCCCUCCUCUCUCUCUACCACGAAUUGAAGCUUGGUGGACAGCUCGAGCAGCAGAAGUCGCUACUGGCUCAAGACAUAUAAUCAUGCAACUGGCAACGAGCCCGGAAACCGGCAAGGAGGAACUCGCGGGCUAUGUGAUGUUGGCUAUGCCGGUGAGUGAGACCGGUAUGUUCAGAGGUGGUGUAGAAAAGCUGCUGGUUAGUCCAAGGUGGAGGGAGAAAGGGGCUGCGAGACGGGUUAUGGGACUUUUGGAGGAUAUUGCGAAGAAGGAGGGGAGGGGACUUUUGGUAGGAGAGAUACCAGGCAAUGAGAUCUCACCUGUUGAUAGAUCUCUUCAGGAUGAAGUCUUGUUUCACAAAGAUCUGAGGUGA